AUGCUGCGUGUCAGCUUGCUCCAGGUGUUCAUCCUGUCGGUGAUGCUCCUGGCCACCGUGUUCGCGGCCGAUCAGCCUCCUGCCGAUCAGCACGGUGUCGCCUCCCGUGAGUCCCUCCAGGACGCGCUUGCUGGUAUCAAUGUGGCCUCGAUUCACGAUGCCUUGCAUGUCCUCUCCACCAAGUUCCGUGACGGAAUCUUCCCGACUGACAUCAGUGCCGCCGAGGCCCUGAAAGAUGAAGAUGAGAAGAUUGCAAGUCUGCUGCGUGUUGUGAAGCGUCAGGAAAAUGCCACCACUUCUGACACUGCUGCGACCACGCCAGCUGCUGCCACUACCUCAAGCAGUAACCCGAUUACUACUGCCGAGUCUACCCAGAGCACCUCAUCCGAGUCGACCUCCUCUACGGUGCCUAGCACGACCAGCUCGAGCUCUAGCUCCCGCUCUAGCUCCAGCUCGGAUUCCACAACGGAUUCUACAACGAGUUCUACAACGAGUUCUACAACGGAUUCCACUUCGACCACUAGCUCCAGAACUAGCUCAAGCUCAGCCCCAAGCUCCACUGAAGUGACUACCACCUCAUCCACAGAGAGUUCUUCGACUAGUGUCCCUACGACAUCGACGACUUCUGUUCCCUCAACUCUUUCGACUACUACUAGCACCUCGUCGACCGAAUCGUCCGCGGACACGACGACUUCUGCUACUAGCACCGACAGCUCAUACACCUCAACCUACAAGAGCACCACCACCCUGCCCGACGGCAGCUUAAGCACAAUCACGUCCACCACAAUCGUGCACGUCAACCCCACCGGCAAAUCCGGCACGUCCACCACCACCAGCUCCCCCGGUCUCCAAACCGGAGCCGCUGCAUUGACCACCGCCGGACUCGCCCGCGAGGUCCUCGCCAUGCUCGGUGGAGCAAUCGUGGUAGCAUUGGCUCUGUGA